GUUUGAUGCUUUGAAGCGCCGUGCACGAGAUUUUCAAAUCGAACAGUUCGGUCGGGCUCGCAGAAUAUUCGAUUCUGUUUGUUUUUUCCCCAACGUAUACCUGCUAGUGGUCCCGAAAAUUGGCCAGAAAGGAGAAAAUGAGCUGAAGAAGAAAUAGACUGGUUCUAUUUCAUUGAGGAAAACACCAGGUAACAGUUCAAAGUUUUAAAUCCUCCCACAAUGGCUAGUGAAAUUCCGAUGACCACCGAUCAAAAACCAGUGCCCUUCGAUUCAUCCUGUUACUCAGACGAUGGUUACCUGUCCCCAUAUUGUUGCUCCAGUGAUGAAGAGCUGGAUCGUUCACAAAACCGAGAAUUACUGGACGAAAUGCCAGCCUUCUCCACACAUUCCUUGUCUCCAUCCGGAAGAUCUCUUUCACCGAUUGAUAUGGAAACUCCAUCACCGCCAAGGUAUUCCCUUAAUUCGACCUACCAUAGUGCUUUCGGGACACCGUGUGAUAGUCCCAGCCAACAGCCACCUCCAGGAAAAGGUUACGUUACGUUGGAGGAAAUAAACGCUCGAAUUGGUAUGACUCCACCAGAUUCCGAACGCAGUCGAUCGCGGCUUAACUUGGAAACCAUUUUCGAAGGCCAGUUCCUGGAAACUCCACCGAAGAAAGAAUUCGAAUCGAGAACAAACCAAUCGAAUCUUCUGCGCCGUUCAUUGAGGAAUCGGGCACUUUUUGGGGGCGUAGACCCCGUUAGCCAAUCGUCGCCUUCGUCCUCGAAGGGUGGUGAUAUUGAAAACCUAUCCGGGCAGUUCGACAGCGCAUGUAGGAUAAUACGCAACUAGAUAAAUGUAAAGUCGAUAAUUAGUGAGUGCCUUUGGUUUGCCUGAUUUUUUUCAGGAAGUUCAAGAUUAUUAUCAUUAAUAUUAGAAUUAAACUCGAUUGCAAU